UACAUUGUGAAUUUGCUGCCUUGUGUGGCGAGGAUAUGUAGACGUGAAGAUGAAGGGAUACAAGAGACAUUGCUAGCUGCUAUGAUCAAGAUUUGUCCUGCUCUGAUGGUGUUUGCAACUGAUACAGAGGUCAAGGUGCUGAUAAAAGCAUUUCUGCCAAAUUUGAAGUCCAACCUGGCAUCUUGUAGAAGGGCAGCAGCCAUGUGUCUGACACUGAUCUGUCAGUACUCAAGAAAUCCACCAACAUUUAUUGAAUUUUUACUUGUUAGUCUUUUAGAAUUAGUGUUACCAGUUGAGAGAGAUAUUGAGGGUCCUGUUUUGGUUGGUGUUAUCAUGUGUUUGCGUAACCUUAUCCCACUGUUGUCGGAACAUAGCCUCGAGGCACAGGGAAUGAAGGGAAGUUUCGGGGAAACAAAACCACUGAAGACGGAAACUGUGUCAACGGAACAAAUCAUUACUGUAUACCAGCUACUGGUUCACCACCUGAGUCAUGUUGAUCAUAACGUUGUUAAUUCAUGCCUUGAAGCAUUACAACAAUUGUUACGUACCCCACCCACUAGUCUGAAGACAGUACUAACCAGUGAUGGAGGAAUUUCGGAGACAUUUAUAUACAAGAAAGACAUGAAAACACACUCUAAUGUGCUAGCAGAUGUCCCUUCAACAAGUCAGUUAUCGGUGGCAUCAGAAGACACAGGAUUGGAUGAAGAGUCAGAGUCAUGUGAUAUCAAGAGCCAAUCAGGAGUCUCAGACACUGCCUCAUCUGCAUAUUCAUCAGAGAUGGACCAAUCAGAGACAAAGUUACAGGAAAUAAGCUCUGCUGAUUCAGAAACAGUAAAGGAGAACCUAGAAAAUGCUGAAUUGGAAAGUGAUUUAGGGGUUGUGAUAAAUUGUGAUGAGCCUGAGGAAUAUUCUAAUGUUGAAAUAGGUGACCUUCAAGAGGACAAGUCUGAGCAAUCAGGUUUAUCUAAUAUAAAUACAGGGAGUCAAGAAACUCUUCUCAGUAUUAAAAGCCUGAGUCCAACUCACAAAAUUGAAGGCAGGUUAGAAAUUAUUGGUCAAGACAUGAAUGGUAAUCCGGAAAUUGUAGAACCUGAAUUUUGCGAGUUAGUGUCCCCCAUGCCAACAGAAAGUGAUGUAAAUAUUCUAGAUAAAAUUGGGUCAGAGACAGAGGGUGUACCUCUAGUGUAUUGCAUGAGGGUGAUCUGUGGUCGAUUCUUGCUCUCUGGGAAGCCAGGGGAAUUGAUGCCUGACAGAAGGGUGAGGGUCAGCGUGAAAAGUCUCGCUCUAGGAAAUGUUGCUUAUGCAGUAAGACUGGCACCAUCGUUAUUUCUACAGAAGUUACAGAAAACAAGUGGCCAUGGUUCUGAGGAAAGUGCAAUAAUACGUGACAUUCUGCUGUAUGCAAGUCAUCCUGAUCCUCAGUUGAAGGGUACCUGUAGUAUAAUUAUUGGUAAUCUAGUGUCGGCGGUCCUCACAGAGGGCAGGGGUGACUUUGAUAAAUGGGUCAAACUGAACAAUGAGAAUACAGGUAAUUUAUGUCUGUCGAGUCUGGUAGACACUCUGUUGUUUAUAGCAGAGGACUCUUCCUCAGUUGCUGCGAGACUCGCUGUCUCCGCUCUCGGGACGUGUCUGCCGAAACUCCUACACAGUAACCAUGGUAACCUAGCUAUCAAAGCCUUGCUCAAACUACUACAAGUGAAGAACAACUCAUACUGGCUUGUUAAGGUAGAAGUAAUGGAGUUUGUACGCAGCUUGGACUUCAAGGUGAUGAAACAUCUCGAGAAUACAUGCUCAGCUAAAUUUGGACAGAAGCAGUUCUUAGGGCCUUUGUCUCUACAAGAUCAUAUUUUAGAGGAAGUAGUGCUAGUCUAUAUUGGAGAUGAAGACGGCAGAGUAAGAAAAGCUGCUGCGCACACACUUGUCAGAUUGGUGAAACAGCUUUUCUACCCAGUGGAUUUUCCUCAUCAGGAUCCUGUAAUUGCGGUUGCCAGAAACAAUAUUGACAACUUCUUGUUUCCCACAAUGCAUGAUUGGUGUCAGCAGCCUCCUCCUCCUGUGCAGGGAUUGGUCAGACCAUAUCAUGUGGCACCUAGACUGGUUGUGCAAUCUACUAUGGAAAGUGUCCUCUCUAGACUGGUUUUAUCACUCAUGGAAAAACUCAACAUGGCAAAAUCCAAAUAUCUUAUAGCGGGAUGCUGUCAGGCAUUGAGUAUGUUAUCAGAAGUAUAUGAGACCAGUUGUUACCCCCAUGCCUGGGGCUGUGCAGUUCCUGUGCCCUUACUCCCUAAAGAAACCACCAGUAAAUAUAGGCGACCUCCAACUCGCUCCCUCAGUGGAUCUAGUACAUUUAGCCUGGAUGAGUUAACAAGUAGCACCGGUGGAGGACCCUUACCGUUGAUUCUGUCUUUGCUGACCUCAUCAGCUGUAACCUUUGACCUUUCUACUCACCAGAUGGUCCUUCAGCUAGCAGGAAAUCUAGUUGCUGGAAGUGCCUACAGAUGUCUGAAGAACCAGGAUGUUGAUCACCAGAAGUCUGACAGCCAGUCCGAAGAGGGAGCAUGGUCGGCAUUAUCCAAUCGUCUUCUUGUACCACUGAUUGACCAUCUUCUCACACAUGUCGCAAGAAUACUAAAUGCGUUUGCCCAUGUGAUAGAUGAGCAGCAGCCUGGACCUCCACAGAUGAAGACCGCCCUCCCGUCACUACCCACAGCCCCAAGCCUGAGCCCCAUUAAACGUAAAGCCAAGGGGGAGAAAGAGGCUGGUUCAGCCCCUAACACUCAAAACCAGGAUGUUAAAAAUACCCCUAAACCUACACAGAAAGAAAAAGACAAAGAGGCAGAGAAGGAGCGAAGUAAGAAAGAUGGUCUCGGCACAUUUUAUACAGUGCCUCAUUAUGUAAAGUUCUACGAAGUGCUGAAAGGGGCAUACUCCAACUAUAAAAUUUCAUUGGACCUGUCAGUAACAGAUAAGUUUUGUGCGAUGUUGAAGACCAGUCUGUAUGUGUUUUCUCAAAUUCUGGAAGUUGCUACCCUCUCAGAUAUUGGCAAAUAUGCAGAGGAAUUCCUCAACUAUCUGAAGUCUACUAUAUCUCUCGAGCCUACAGAUACUGUACUCUGUGUUCAACAGUUACUGAAGGCAUUGUUUGGAACAAAUCUGUGUAGUCAGUGGGAGGAGCAUCAAGUGCAGAACCAACCGCGUAAACCUGGCAAGGCAACACGACUCUCUGGUAACAAGGAUGGCCUGUAUCAGUGUACGUUUACACAGCCAUACUCACAGUUCACACAGGCACUUGCAGCAGCGGCCAUCAAGGCAGUCAGUCCAGAUUAUGAAGAUACUACAGGAGUUUUAACAUGGCUGAAGAAAUGUGUGGAGAGAAAAGUUCCAGCUAUACUCAAACCAAGCAGCAAAGCUGACAAGACCGCUAUAGCUGCAUACAUUCGUCUGUUUGAGCCGCUAGUGAUUAAAGCAUUAAAACAGUACACAGUAACAAGUUCCUUGCCCCUACAGCAACAGGUGCUGGACCUGUUGUCUCAGCUUGUGCAGCUGCGGGUUAACUAUUGCCUGUUAGACUCAGACCAGGUCUUCAUUGGGUUCGUCAUCAAACAAUUUGAGUACAUAGAGGAAGGACAGAUCAGGAGGUCAAAUACACUGGUACCAAAUAUUUUCAACUUCCUUGUGAUGUUGUCUUAUGAGAAGUUCCACAGUAAACCAGUGAUCACCAUGCCGAAAAUAAUACAGCUCUGUGAUGGUAUAAUGGCCAGUGGCCUUGACCCAACUUCUCAUGCAAUACCAGCUCUGCAGCCCAUUGUACAUGAUCUAUUCCUGCUACGGGGAGCCAGCAAGUCUGAUAUCAGCAAGGAACUGGAGACACAAAGGGAGGUCAUUGUGUCCAUGCUUCUCAGACUUAUACAGUACCACCAGGCAAUAGAGAUGUUUGUGAUAGUAUUACAACAGUGUCACAGAGAAAGUGAGGAGAGAUGGAAACGAUUGUCUCGACAAGUAACCGAUACAGUUCUUCCUGCACUAGCUAAACAACAGAUUGAUUUGAACAGCCAGGUAGCCCUAGAUGUGGUACAUAGAUUGUUUGAGUCAGUAGCUCCCAUAGUGUUCCGACCAGUGGAUAUCCUCCUCAAAACUCUGCUCAUGAAACCAGCUAACAUAAGCACGUGUAAAGGUUUGGUGCGCUGGAUGUGUCUAGUUCUCUCUGUACUGAGAGUCCUGAUGGCUCAGACGAAGGAAGAAGUGGUUCUAUCCAGGAUUCACGAACUUGGCCUCAAAUUGCAUGUGUUUCAGACGGGCGAAAGUGAGAUUACGGAGAGGGAAAGAGGAGUUGUGGAUAGUCUAUCCCCAGAGGAGAUUAUGGCAAGAUUAUUCCUGCAGAUAAUAGGACACUGCAUAGCAAUGAUCAACGAGGUGGCGCUGCAGUCAGGGUCAGGUGACACAUUGUGUAACUUCCUGUCUCAACAACUGUCACACUUGCUCAUGUAUAUUACACACAUGUUCCAGUCUGGUUCAUUCAGAAGGGUAGCCACUGCCUCUGUGCAGCAAAUAAAACAACGAUCUUUGGCCUGUUACUAUGACAUCAAGGCAAUCAACCAUGACUUCCUGUUGCUAGGGGUGACACAACCGACCUUGACCUUACAGUGGUGUAAUGUUCUGAUCCUGAUGAACUUCAGUGACCAGAGUUUCUGGAGUGAUGUUGUGAAAACACCAAAGAAAUAUAUCAUGGCAUCUUCAAGCAGUUCAGCAGAGGAAAAAUCCCCAGAAGAAACAGAUGUUCAGUCCCCACGUGCUCAGAGGUGUUGUAAUGAUGAAAUACUGAGGAGGGGAGGGCUGAUUCUGUUCUGUGAUUAUGCUUGUGAGAAUCUGAAUGACUCGGAGCACAUGACCUGGGUGUUGAUUAACCAUGUUCGGGACCUGAUAGAACUCUCAGAGGAGGCUCCUGUUCAAGACUUUAUUGGUGCAAUACACAGGAAUUCUGCUGCAAGUAGUCUGUUUAUACAGGCUAUCCAUGCACGAUGGGAGGAUGUCACUAGACCCUCACUCGUCAGGAAGACAUUGAAGUGUUUAGAUGCAAUCCAUUUUUCACAAAGUGGAGCAUUAUUGACCCUACUGAUUGACAAGUUUCUAAGUACCCACCACCUGGCUGUGGCACGUGCCUGUGAUAAUAUAGCUUGUCGAAGGGUAGAAAUGCUACUGGCAGAGUCCCCACAGGAGAGAGCCCAGCAGUUACCUUUAGAGGAUCUAGAUAAACUGCUCAUUUUCAUGAAAAAGAACAAGUUAAUUGCAAAACAUGCUCGGCUUCUGUCAUUGUUGGGGAAAUUUAGAGAAUCUAUAGCAGAUGAUACUAAGUCUCCAAUACCAGCUGAAGUAUCACAUUCACUUAAGUUGCCUCCCUUUAUUGGAGAUCUUCAAUUGGAAAAGGAUGGUUAUAUGAGUAUAGUAAGAGAGCAGUGUUAUGCUCAGAAUGGCAGCAGUAGGGAGUGUGCCAGUCUACUACAACAUCUAGACUAUGCUGACAUGCUCUCUGUCAUGAUGACAAAGGAGUUUAAUUUGAACAUUAUGGAAGAAUGUAUUUCAAUUGGUACCCAGCGAACACUUCAGAAAUACAGCAGAGAAUCAGACAUUCCUUCAACUGGGAACCAUUCAAAUGAGUGGAUGCUUGAUCCAUUGUUUCAAGCCUCCCAGCUAACACUGAUGAGGCAUAUAAACAAUAUUGUCAAUAUGCUGCCAGUCCCUCAUGAAAUUAUGAACUUUUAUGAAGCCAAAGAUGGACAUAUCUCAAAGUAUUUAGAGAAACUAGAAGAUUUUUUCACAGACAGUUCAUCAGUGGAUAUAGUGUUUACCCUGACUUCUUCCUUAUUGCAAUAUUUAGUGUCUAUAUCAGUGUUUCCAUGGAAACCUAAAGUGCCAACAGAAUCUCAGAAUGAUGUUUGUAGAUUUUGUACUUUUUGUUUAGAGUGUGUGAGUUGGUUGCUAUGCAGUAACAAUAUGCCAACAGCAGAACAACUGAGUAUCAGUCUGCAGUGUGUGAGGACAGUCCUGCAGAAUCCACAACUCUGCUCUCUGAUUGGUCAAACGAAUCAUGUGACCUGGGUCUGCUCAAUUUCCAAAACUGUACAUCAGAUUGUGUCUGCCUUGUGUGUGUUACCAGGGCAACAGAUGUGUGUACAUGUCAGGCAUGAAGAUACCCCUACCAACUCACACAAAGAUGAUUUGCAUUAUUUGACCCAAGCCUGUGAUGAAGUGUCGGAACUUGUGCAAUAUGUUCUCACUCAGUCAAGUUUGUCUGGCAUGAACCACGGAACCACCGUACUUCCAAACAACCUCUCUAGUCUUAUAUCUUCUGUUGUUAUAGGUCUUUCAAGAACUCCAGUGUUGAAUAGUUUUGCUCGAACACCACCAAUUGUCUGGAAGAUGGGCUGGAUCCCAACUCCAAGUGGGGAACCAAAGACAAAGUUACCUCCCCUACCUAUAGAUCUCAUGCUGGAUAAAGAGGUCCUCAGAGAAUUUGUCCACAGGAUCAGCAUAAUAGGUUGGAUAUCACGGCAGCAGUUCGAGGAGACAUGGAUGUGUUUACUAGGUGUAUUAAAUCCUGUUUCACCGGAGCAGCAUUUCUCACCCGAGGAAGAGGUAGAGAGGACCCACUGUAUGGUGUAUGCUGUAAGAGCUAUCACAAACAUGCUGGUACAAACAAUGAUCGUUCCCUCUCCGGGAAACCCUACCCAGGGACAGUUUGAUGUUCAACCCAGGGAUAAACCACUUGCUUUCUUACACACAAGGUGUGGUAAAAAAUUGACUGUGAUACGGGGCGUUGUGGAGCAUGAAGUAUUGAGAUUUUCAGCCAACAACAGAAGAAAUACAGGACCAAGCACAGACUCUGUGAAGUACAUGUUUGAUUCCAACCUAGAAAGAGAUACAAGUAUAGAUGACUUUACACUUGGUCAGGUGUCUGUAGAAUCAAUCUGGUCAGUUGUGGGUGUCCUCGAGCCCAACAUGUCGGAUAUGUCGGAUACUACAGACUCUAUAGACAGUCCUACCCACCAGGACACGCCACUCAGUAACCUAGCAACCAGCCCCUCUGAGACAACAAUCACUCGGGAUCCGUCAUUAUCAGCAGGGGGUUUAGAUGUGCACUCCUGUCUCCAGUUCCUUCUAGAUCUGUACAGACAAUGGCUGAUCCCCAACUCCAACAACAAACCACCACUUAUGUUGCUCAAUGAAGUUAUUAAAUCUGUGGUAUGUUUAUCAGACCUGUUUGCGGAGAGGGAACAAUUUGAUUGGAUGUUGGAUACGAUGUUUGAGGUAUACAAGGCUCACCCUGGAGAAGACGAGAUAUCACUACAAUACCUCACUGUGGGUAUCUGCAAGGCGGCUGCUGUUGUUGGAGUGCUGAUGAAUCACCAAGCACCAGAUAACACUUCGUCAGAUCGACUAAUUAAGAUUAUAGAGAACGGAUUACGCAGCACGCACAUACCUAGCAAAGUGUCUGCUCUACACGGAGUGCUGUAUCUCCUUGAGGCUGGCAUUCCAGAAGUCAGUAAACCACUGGUUCCUGUCAUCACCGAGUUCUUGUUGAAGACUUUAACCUCAGUUUCACAACAAGCAGUGUUCAGUCAGAAGUAUCUGUUAACGAUGUGGGCAACGGCUUUCUAUAUUCUCGAGAAUUACAACAUUGAUGUUAAGGACACAGAUUUUCCUUCACAAAUACUACAGCUUGCUAUCAGUAUGGCAUCAAGCAGUGAGGAAGGCGUAUCCACUACCGUAUAUUUAGCGAUUCUCAAAGGCUUGGAAAGACUUCUACUCACUGACGUGCUCACAUCCCAGGAUGCUGAAGUCAUUGUUAAACUUAGUGUGGAUAGGUUGUGUUUACCCAGUCCACAGAGAUCGUUGGCAGCUUUAGGUCUGUUGUUCACGUGUAUGUAUUCUGGAAAACAGUAUGAAGGUUACAGUCCACGACCCAGAGAGCAUGAAGCAUUUAACAUGGAGGAGCCAAGCAGUCUGUUACAGGAUCCAGAGUCACUUAUCCUUGCUAUGGAACGUGUCACAGUACUGUUUGAUAGGAUUAAGAAAGGCUAUCCAUACGAAGCGCGGGUGAUUGGACGAGUGUUACCAGCAUUCCUAGCAGACUUCUUUCCGGCUCAGGACAUCAUGAACAAAGUGAUAGGAGAGUUCCUGUCAAGUCAGCAACCGUACCCACAGCUCAUUGCUAAAGUUGUAUUUCAGGUGUUCAGUAACUUGCAUGAUCAGCGACAGCAUGGUUUAUUGCGUGAUUGGGUGAUGUUAUCGUUGUCUAACUUUACACAGAGGACGCCAGUUUCCAUGGCGAUGUGGUCACUCACUUGUUUCUUCAUCAGUGCUUCAACAAAUCCCUGGCUCAGAAAUCUUUUAUCAUAUGUCCUAACAAGGAUGGGGAAAAUAGAGUUAAUUGACAAGCAUCUGUUUUGUCUGGCUGCUCUCGAGUUCUUCACUCAACUCACAGACGAGACACAGCGGCGCAGCUUCCAGGCAACUUUCCAUACUGUAAGCAUGAACAUACAGGACUCUCCAUAUACAGAAUUGUUGAAUUGUCUACCAAAGUCGUAAUCUAGGUUGUUACUGACAACAGUGUUCAAAACAUCUUGAAGUACAGAACUGUUAAAACUACCCACUGAAAAUUUAUGUUGCUACAGACACUACUGCAUGUAUGUUAAGUAUUUAUACACUAAUCAUGUUGCAAUUGUGUGCUAUAUCUAAGCAGGAUAAUGAUGUUAACCGUGAAAUCAUUUAAUUCAGUGGGCACGAAAUUUCAUGGUUUCGACAUAAAUGGUUAUUUUGUGGUGAUACGAAUAUCAAAUUGCAAACAUAAAAUGAAUUGGAAUUCAUUGGAAUUUUAUGUACAUUGACUCCACAAAAAAAUAGUCCCCCAUAAAGCUGAUUUCAAAGUAUGUGUUCCUAUGAAAUGUAUGUUUGUUUAAAUUUAUGAUAUAGUAUGCACCAUACUUUGUAUAAAUUAAGUUAAUCAUUCAGUGAAGUUUACUGAUUACUUUGAAAUAGGCAGUAUUUUGAAGAUUUUUAUGCCCCCGGCAUCUACUGAUGCUGGUGGCAUAUAGUGAUUGUCCUGUCCGUCCGUCUGUACGAGGUAAACCAAAUUGAACCCUUUCGUCUAGCAUCAAUACCCCUUACUAGAAUGACUUGACACUAAUGCAGAUGUAACCUGUGACCAUUCCUCAGCUUCAGACAUCACCUGACCUCAGUUUGACCUUGACCUCAUUUUGGACUUGAGUUGCUUUAUAUGGGCCAUCUCAUGGUUAACCAAAUGGGACCAUUUCGUCUAGCAUCAAUACCCCUUACAAGAAUGAAUUUAUACUAAUACAGAUGUAAACUGUGACCAUUCCUCAUCUUCAGCAUCACCUGACCGCAGUUUGACCUUGACCUCGUUUUGGACUUGGGUGCAAAAUCUAUCGACAAGGAUGCCACUGGGGCAUCAAGCGUUUAUUGAACGCAGCUCCUUGUUUUAUACUGUUUUAUAAAUAUAUGUAGUUUAGGUCAGUGACAGUCUCUUUCAGUAAAGGUACUGUUCCGCCUAAAAAGAGUCUUUAGAAUGUAAACUAGAACAAAAUGGCAGAUUAAAAUAAGUGGGAGUCAGAAAUACGAAUUCUGUGAACACUGAAUUGCAUAUUUUCACUGUAGUACAUUAUUUACAGAAAAAUUGGAUUGCAUUUUCAUGAAAUAUGUUAUGCAUUUUAUUCCAGGUAACUGAUCGCUGAGUUUUGAAAUUAAUACAUGCUUCAUUAAAUGUUUACGGUUGUGUGGAUUCUACUGCCAGUACAUUUUAAAGAUUUCAAAUAAAAUGUAUAGAAUAUAAUGAAAUGAGCAAGGCCAUGAGAAAAUCAACAUAGUGGCUUUGCGACCAGCAUGGAUCCAGAGCAGCCUGCGCACCCGUGCAGUCUGGUCAGGAUCCAUGCUGUUCGCUUUCAAAGCCUAUUGCAAUUAGAGAAACUAUUAGCGAACAGCAUGGAUCCUGACCAGACUGCGCAGAUGCGCAGGCUGGUGUGGAUCCAUGCUAGUCGCAAAGCCGCUAUGUUGGUUUUCCCAUGGUGCGGCUCAAAUAUUAGUUAUUAGUGGAACAUAACGCAGAAUAAGUAAAGUUUAACAUUUUUGUUUUUGAGAAUAUGACUGUACAUGUAGGAGAACUGUGAUAAUUUCUUCAAGAUCUGGGCCAAUAUUCAUCAAAGUUUUAAGUCUGUAACCUAGACUUUGGUUUUUGCUAUGGAAGUUUUAUUUUUGCAUUGAUUGUAAUGAAACUUUGCAUGGUAGUACAAUAGACAACUACCAGGUAUCUCGGUGAAAUUUUAUUAGUAUAUGUCUGCCAUAAACAAAGUUCUGGCAAACUGAAUGUCCUCUGCUCUCAAAGUCUUAAGACUUAGUAUGAAACUCGGACUUUAAACUCUGAUGAAUAUGAGCCAAUUUUACUACUUCUUUGAAUUAGUUUCAGCCAAAACUUGUGUAAAAAGUAUACAUGUACAUGUAUAAUGUUUAUACAGGCAACUUCUAUAUUGUUCAAGAAAAAAAAAUCAGUCAAGUCUUCUGGAUGCAAAGGAGAUUUUUUGUAGUUGUAAAUUUCAUUAAUAAUUUUUCUAUUUUAGUUUAAUUGAUAAUAUUAGAAGGUAUUGUAAUCACUGAUACCUAAAGCCCAUUCUGUGUGAAACAUGUUUCAAUUUCACUGUCAUGAGUUUUUGGAUGAUUUUGUCCAUGAUAGUGUGGAGGCUCCUUGAUGUUGACCUGUGUACUUUCUUUCACUCACAACUGUUCAAAUAUCUGUUGUAUAAUGAAUAUGUGCGAUUGUGAACUUCUUUGGAAUGUCUGCUUUUCAUUGUUUUAGUAUGCAUUAUGUAUUUCAUAUCAGCUUGAAGUUUUAAGAUGUAUUUUUUACCUUAGUAUUCCAGUAGAACCAUAAUGUUACGACUGUCCCUAAAUUAAGACUAACCCUAAAUUGAGACAUUAUUUAGGAAAAACAGAACAUGGUCAUAUUAAUGAGGUUUAAUCAUAAUUUUGUUUUGAUAUUUACAUUUGGGCAGUCUUUGUAUUUUUCUAUAAGGUAACUUUCUGCCAUCUGAGACGUCUAUAUAUUAGUAAAUGAGUAAUAUAUUGCUGGACUGGCUAAGUGAUCCCUUGAGUCAGAUGGUCUCUGUUCACAUUUGACUGUAUCAAUGUUUUCUGAUUAGUGUCAUGAAGUUGUGCAAAAGCUGUGAAUAUUAGAUUAUAAUGUAUUGUCGUUAAUAAGAAGUAAAAGUCAAAUUUUGUCUUUGAACUUUCUAAAACUUGUAAUCCAGAAGUCAAGUUUACAAGAAAAAAGUCCCUUUUUGGGUGAAAUAACAAAAUUUUAUGCCAGAUAGAAUUACAUAGGUUAUAGAAUCAUAUGCUUAGUACUAAAUUGCAAAAUAGAAUCUGAUCUUUCCUUUAAUAACCUGUUGAAUUUUAGACAUAAAGUUUUGGCUGUAUAAAAAUGUACAUAUUUUUCUCUUCUCUUCUGUAUACGGUAAAUUUUAUUCUUACACAUUUUUCCAUUUCACUUGUUUGUUUCAUGUGUCCACAUGUCCUUGUUCCGCUGCUAAAUUUUUUUUAAUAACUACACGUAAAUAUUGAGUAAACAUGUUUGUGUUCAUAAACAUAUAUGUUUGUUAGGUGUAAUAUAAAGUAUACACUAAUGUAAAGUACUAGUAUACACAGUAUGAAUAUGUAAUGCAUGUAAACAAACUGGAAGCUUUUUUAACAAAUUGCUAUUACAGCCUACUAGAGCAAACUCCCAGCAGUGGUUACCUCCCCUGUGCUACAUUAAUGACUGCCGUCACAAAUACCAUGUGACUAGAAACAUACAUAAACAUUGAAACAUUGAAAAGAAAUUUAAAUAUUUUCUUCUUUUUGACAUUGUUUUCUUUUUUUCAUUUUAUUACCCACAUUAGCCAACAAUCUUUGAAUUAUACUUAAAACAAUUUCAACAAGAGCUCGUCGAACACGAAAUGCCCCCCUUGAUGCAUUUAGUAAUUGCACAAGGAACAGAAAUUAUAUGCUCACUGUAAACAAAAGUUCUACCAUUCUGGUUUAAUCUGACCUUGACCCUUAACCUAACAAGAGAUUACAAAGUGAUCUUGGUGCCAUCCACUGGGCCAUUUUUGAAUGUUCCAAAUUUCAAGACUAGCUCAAGGUCAAAAUCAAGGUCAAAUUUCAUUUUGGUACAAAAUAAUGUGUAUGUGGUCCAUAUUUGAAAGCUGUGGCUUGAGAAAUGUGAAAGUAGGUCACUAGAUCAAUAUCAAGGUCAAAGUUCAUUCCGGUAGACAGAAGUAUGCAUGUGCUUCAAAUUUGAAGGCUGUAGCUUGAGAAAUGUGAAAGUAGGUAGUAGGUAAAAAUCAAUGUCAAGUUUCAAUUCAGAACACAAAAAUAUGCAAGCGGUCCAAAUCUGAAGUCUGUACAAUCAGAAAUGUGAAAGUAGGUCACUAGGUCAAUCUCCAGAUUAAAGUUCAUUUCGGUACACAAAACUAUGCAUGUGGUCCAGAUUUGAAGCCUGUACCUUCAAAAAUGUGAAAGUAGGUCACUAGGUCAAUGUCAAGGUCAAAAUUCUUUUCGGUGCACAAAACUAUGCAUGUGGUCCAAAUUUGAAGGCUGUAGCUACAGAAAUGUGAAAGUAGGUCACUAGGUCAAGGUCAAGGUCAACUCAUGUCAAGGUUCAUCUUGCCACUCAAAACCAUACAUGUGGUCAAAAUUUAAAUGUUGUAGGUUAUUGACAAGAAGAUUUUAAAAGCUUUUCCCUAUAUAAGUCUAUAUGAACCAUGUGACCCCCAGGGCGGGGCCAUAUUUGACCCUAGGGGGAUAAUUUAAACAAACUUGGUAGAGAAUCACUAGAUGAUGCUACAUUACAAAUAUCAAAGCCCUAGUCUUUGUGGUUUGAAGAAGAUUUUCAAAGUUUUUCCCUAUAUAAGUCGAUGUAAACCAUGUGACCCCUGGGGCAGGGCCACAUUUGACCCUAGGGGGAUAAUUUGACAAUCUUAGUAAAAGCCCACUAGAUGAUGUCAAAUACAAAAUAUCAAAGCCCUAGGCCCUGUGGUUUUGGACAAGAGGUUUUUCAAAGUUUUUCCCUAUAUAAGUCUAAAUAAACCAUGUGACCCCUGGGGCGGGGCCAUAUUAGACCCCAGGGCAAUAAUUUGAAUCAUCUUGGUAGAGGACCACUAGAUGAUGCUUCAUACUAAAUAUCAAAGCCCUAGGCUCUGUGGUUUUAGACAAGAAGAUCAGAAACCGUUUUAACUGUUCCUGGCCAAUGUGACCUUGACCUUUGACCUAAUGACCUCAAAAUCUAUAGGGGUCAUCUGCUGAUCAUGACCAACCUAACUAUCAAUUUUCCUGAUACUAGGCCCAAGCGUUCUUGAGUUACUGCCCGGAAACCAUUUUACUGUUCCUGGUCAAUGUGACCUUGACUUUUGACAUACUGACCUCAAAAUCAAUAGGGGUCAUCUGCUGGUCAUGACCAACUUCUCUAUCAAUUUUUGUGACCCUAGGCCUAUGCGUUCUUGAGUUAUCAUCUGGAAACCGUUCAACUGUUCAGGGUCACUGUGACCUUGACCUUUGACAUACAGACCUCAAAAUCAAUAGGGGUCAUCUGCUGGUGAUGACCAACCUCCCUAUCAACUUUCAUGAUCCUAGGCCCAAUCGUUCUUGAGUUAUCAUCCGGAAACCGUUUUACUGUUCAAGGUCACUGUGACCUUGACCUUUGACAUACAGACCUCAAAAUCAAUAGGGGUCAUCUGCUGGUGAUGACCAACCUCCCUAUCAACUUUGAUGAUCCUAGGCCCAAGCGUUCUUUAGUUAUCAUCCAGAAACUGAUUGGUCUACAUUCCAACCGACCGACAGACAGACCGACCGACCGACCGACCGACAGACAUCUGCAAAACAAUAUACCCCACCUUCUCCGAAGGGGGGCAUAAUAAUUAAAAUCUAAUAUCAAAUGAUGAAAAAAAAUGAUUUAUUAAAAUCUUAUUAAUGGCCGAGGUCCCUUUACUGUAAGGGGUGACCACUGCUUAGGAGAUUGUUACUGGGUGUGACAUUAAUCGUAAAUUACAGCUCCAUAUGCACAGUUUGCUUAUAUACAUUUAACCAAAAUAAAUAGAGUUUUUUUCACUUAACCCUUAGCCUGCUGGCAACAAGUUAUUCUGCCUUUGCGACCAGUGCAGACCAAGAUCAGCCUGCACAUCUGUGCAGUCUGAUCAUGGUCUGCACUGUUCGCUAUUUAGUCAGUAUCUUUUUGGUAAGCAUCCCUUUUAACAGUUAAUGGUACUGUCCAAAUUGAAAGAUGGAUAUGACUGUGUUUGUAAGAUUUAUUGUGGAUAUAGUUCUAUAAUUUUGCGCAAUGCUGCAGCAUUAAGUUUGUUAGAAACGUAUGAAAGAUGAUUGUUUGUUUAUAUAUUCUUUUAACAAAUACAAUGUUUUCUUACAUUUCACCUGUUAUAUAUCCCAAAGCAAUGGUUUUAUCAUUGAAUAAAAUCUUUGUUUGAGUUCAGAUGCGAAGGCAUUUAUAUCACAAGGGCACACAUCAAGGAUUUCUAUGUACUUUUGUAACCACAUCCACUAAAAAUGCCUUAAGUUUGUUGUGUCGUAUUCAUUUUAUCCUGCAGCAUGACAUUUGAUGCUAAGUACAUAAUCAGUGUGACGUACACAGUGACUUUAUUGCAUAAUAGCAUAACACUUCCAGUCUUCUUUGUUUAAUAGGAAAGCAGAUUGGGUUGUGAUGGACAUUGUACAAAUACCAAACCAUGUAGAAAACAUCUAACAUCUGGUAACACUUGGAGAAAAUGUCCUUUUUAAUACAUUCCAUUUAAUAAAUUGAAAAAGUUGCCAUGUCCUUUACAUUUAAUGUAGACAGUGAUAUUCGGUAAGGAGAUACGACUUACAACUGUCACUGAUUACAGGACUUGUUUGUAAUACCAGAGAGAGAUAGUUUAAUUUGAAAAAGAAAUUGUAUGUAAAUAUUAUUUUCUAUAAAAUGUCUAGCCUAUAAUCUCACUAAUAGCUUAUAAUUAUGCUAGUAACAGUGUCCUCUUCUGGAAGUUACAUUUGUACAAGUUUCAUCGGCAUCAGAACAUUACAUGGAGAUUAGAUUUAUAGUAUUGGUGUCUGAAAUGAGUCUAGUUUGUCAUGACCAAGUGAAAGAAAAAGAUGGAGUUGUUUUUUUGCAUUCUGAAUACCUUGUUUUGCUGUAUCUGUGAUUCAAGCAGGUAUAAAAGGUUUGAUUUCAUAACUCGUACUUCCUUUCGAUGAAAAUGAGAUGUGAAACCAAAAUUUAUUUUUUAUUCUGUUUGGCACCAUAUAACCUGUUCCGUGUUGGUGCACUAUUAGUCCCACUCAAACACCACCCCAAGCCCCCCCUCCCCUCCCAAAAAAAAAAAACUGCGUUCAUGAACUCUUAUGCAUCUACUUGACCUUUGUGAUUCUUAAUAGUGCUAGCUUUACUUCAAGCUUGUUGAAAUGAUUCUGUUAGUCAGAUAAAGUGCUUUGGUCUUCACAUGCUGUUAUUUUGUGUUGUUUUUCUGCUGUUGUUGUUUCUAUUGUCAUUAUUUAUUGUAUGUAUUUCAGGAUUAUAAAUGGACCAAUUAAAUAAUUAAGAACACAUA